CUCCGCCCGCCCCGCCGCCGAUUGGCCCCGCGCCGCUAUAUCUGGGCACCCACCCGGCGGGAGGCCACCGUCGCGCCCGUCGCCGUCCGUCUGUCCCUCCCGGCCCCGAAGCGACCGCCGCCCACCGCCGCGCUCCCGCGCUCCGUCCCGCCCAGGCCGCGCCCAGCUGGAAUGCAGAGAUCGCCGACCGGCUACGGCGCACAGGACGACCCGCCAGCCCGCCGCGACUGUGCAUGGGCCCCGGGCCCCGGGGCCGCCGCUGAGCCGCGCGGCCUCUCCGCCGCCCCCGCUGCCCUAGCCGCGCCCGCCGCGCCCGCCUCGCCGCCCAGCCCGCCGCGCAGCCCGCCAGGCAGCCCCGACCCGGGGCGCUAUGGCCUCAGCCCGGCCGGCCGCGGGGAACGCCAGGCGGCCGACGAGUCGCGCAUCCGGCGGCCCAUGAACGCCUUCAUGGUGUGGGCGAAGGACGAGCGCAAGCGGCUGGCGCAGCAGAACCCGGACCUGCACAACGCGGUGCUCAGCAAGAUGCUGGGCAAGGCGUGGAAGGAGCUGAGCCCCGCGGAGAAGCGGCCCUUCGUGGAGGAGGCAGAGAGGCUGCGCGUGCAGCACCUGCGCGACCACCCCAACUACAAGUACCGGCCACGCCGCAAGAAGCAGGCGCGCAAGGCCCGGCGGAUGGAGCCCGGCCUCCUGCUCCAGGGCCUGGCGCCCCCGGCGCCGCCGCCCGAGCCCUUCCCCACGGUGCCGGGCCCGGCCCGCGCCUUCCGCGAGCUGCCGCCGCUGGGCGCCGAGUUCGACGGCCUGGGGCUGCCCACGCCCGAGCGCUCGCCGCUGGACGGCCUGGAGCACGGCGAGGCCGCCUUCUUCCCUCCGCCCGCGGCGGCCGAGGACUGCGCACUGCGGCCCUUCCGCGCGCCCUACGCUCCGGCCGAGCUGUCGCGGGACCCCGGCGGCUGCUACGGGGCGCCCCUGGCCGAGGCGCUCAGGACCGCGCCCGCCCCUGCCGCGCCGCUCUCCGGCCUCUACUACGGCGCCUUCGGCGCGGCCGGCCCGGGCCCGUACCCCGGCCCGCUGUCGCCGCCGCCCGAGGCCCCGCCGCUGGAGGGCGCCGAGCCCCUGGGGCCCGCCGCCGACCUGUGGGCCGACGUGGACCUCACCGAGUUCGACCAGUACCUCAACUGCAGCCGGACUCGGCCCGACGCCGCCGCGCUGCCGUACCACGUGGCGCUGGCCAAGCUGGGCCCGCGCGCCAUGUCCUGCCCGGAGGAGAGCAGCCUGAUUGCCGCGCUGUCCGACGCCAGCAGCGCCGUGUACUACAGCGCGUGCAUCUCGGGCUAGGCCGCCGCCCCGCCGCGCCCCGCCCGCAGCCACGCCCGCCCCGCCCGCCUCGCUGCCGACCCCCGCCGCCGCCGCCGCUCCGCCCCGCCGCAGGUGUACGCUGCGGCCGCUUGGAACCGCGACGCCCAGGCCCGGCCCGGGCCGCCCCCCGCGGGCCCUGCGAGUGUGGCUCCCGCACGCCCGGGCCUCCCCAGGACGCCCAGGCCUCAGCCCUGUGGGCUGGCCCUGCCAGGGCGAAGUUCCCCAAGAAGCGCUUAAUCCUUCUCAGUGUUUUCUAGAACCAGGCUGUAUUUUUUUUUACUUUGCCUUUUUUUAUGUACGUAAUACACUGUAUUUAAUUUUUAAGCAAACGUUUAACCCUUUUCCUCCCAGGGUGUCAGCGAGCGGAGCGUCGCGGUAGCCCGGACUGUUCAGCCCGCAGCGAUUACUCGGUCUCUUCUCCGCAGGAGGGGCCAGCCGGCGCUGGGCC